AAUAACAAAGAUUGUUUUGCUUGGCAAAUCAAUACAAGUCACAUGAAGAAUUCGAUCAACCUCAACUACAACAAAAAAUCCUGGUUUGGUUUCGUUUUCGGCUUCAUUUUAUGGUUUCUAUUGCUUUGUUUCCUCUCUUCAGCUUCAUUUUCAGGCAACAACAACAACAAUAGGCUCACCUUCAUUGCCAACUACGCAAAUUCAUUCAUCUUUCGAGACUCCACUUCUCAUUCUAUCUCUGAGAAUGAGAACACAACUCAACUCGUCUCCAAACAUGUUUUGGAUUCGUGCUCGGGUCGAUAUAUCUAUGUUCAUGAUCUUCCUAGCAGAUUCAACACUGACAUUCUAAAGAAUUGUUCAUCACUAACCAAAUGGUUUGAUAUUUGCAAGUACGUAUCAAACAUGGGUCUCGGUCCUCAUGCCGCGGAUUUUCAUGGGAUUUUCCAAAACAAUAUCAGUUGGUUUGAAACAAACCAGUUUUUAUUGGAAGUGAUUUUCCACAACAGAAUGAACAACUACAAGUGCUUAACCAACAAUUCAUCUUUGGCUUCAAUCAUGUAUGUACCAUUCUACGCUGGCCUUGACAUCGGUCGAUACCUUUGGGGUUUCAACACUUCAAUAAGAGAUUCAGUACCCAUUGAAUUAGCCAAAUGGGUUUCUGAGAAGCCUGAGUGGAAAUCUAUGGGUGGAAGAGAUCAUUUCUUUGUUGCAGGAAGGGUUACAUGGGAUUUUAGGAGACAAACCGACAACGAUUCCGAUUGGGGAAACAAACUCAUGUCACUACCCGAAUCCAAAAACAUGACGAUUUUGAUAAUCGAAUCAUAUUCCCAAGCCGAAACCUAUAGAGAUUUUGCGAUUCCAUAUCCAACUUAUUUCCAUCCAUCGAGCGAUGACGAGGUGUUUCAAUGGCAGAACAAAUUAAGGAAAAUGAAAAAGCAAUACUUGUUCUCUUUCGCGGGUGCUCCAAGACCCAACAAUGAAGAUUCUAUCCGGAGUCAGAUUAUUAACCAGUGCCUUGAUUCUGGAAAAAAAUGCAAGUUUUUGAAUUGUGCUUCGGGCGAAAACAAGUGUGAUAACCCAACUUAUGUGAUAGAAAUCUUUCAAAGAUCCAAGUUUUGUUUGCAGCCUUCCGGUGAUACGUCUACUAGGCGAUCAACGUUUGAUUCGAUCUUGGCAGGGUGCAUUCCUGUUUUCUUUGAUUCUAGAUCAGCUUACGAGCAAUAUAUAUGGCAUUUACCCAAGAAUUAUUCAAAAUAUUCUGUGUUCAUACCAGAGGAUGAGAUUAAAGAUGGGAGAGUGAAUAUUGAGAAGACUUUGAGUCAGAUAUCGGAAGAAGAAGUGGCAGCAAUGAGGGAAGAGGUUGUGAGGCUGAUUCCUAGAAUCAUAUAUGCAAAUCCAAUGUCAAGAUUGGAGACCCUUGAAGAUGCAUUUGACAUAGCAAUUGAGGGAGCUCUUGAUAGAGUAGAGAAAAUUAGGCAAGAGAUGGAGGGAGGGAAGAGUACUGAGUUUUGA